AUGGCUAGCACAGUAGGAAAGACAAUCACUUGCAAGGCCGCCGUCGCCUGGGCUGCGACUGAGCCCCUCUCCAUUGAGGAUAUCGAGGUUGCUCCUCCCCGCGCCCACGAGGUGCGCAUCCAGGUUCACCACACUGGUGUCUGCCACACCGAUGCCUACACUCUGUCUGGCAAGGACCCCGAGGGUGCUUUCCCCAUCGUCCUCGGACACGAGGGUGCUGGUAUCGUCGAGUCCGUCGGCGAGGGCGUGACCACCGUCAAGCCUGGCGACUAUGUCGUUGCUCUCUACACCCCCGAGUGUGGUGAGUGCAAGUUCUGCAAGUCUGGCAAGACCAACCUGUGCGGCAAGAUCCGUGCUACUCAGGGUAAGGGUGUCAUGCCCGAUGGCACCUCUCGCUUCAAGGCCCGCGGUAAGGACCUGCUGCACUUCAUGGGUACCUCCACCUUCUCCCAGUACACCGUCGUCGCCGAUAUCUCCGUCGUUGCCGUCACUCCCAAGAUCUCCACCGACCGCUCAUGCCUGCUGGGUUGCGGUAUCACCACCGGUUACGGUGCUGCCGUCGUGACCGCCAAGGUUGAGGAAGGCUCCAAUGUCGCCGUCUUCGGUGCCGGCUGUGUCGGUCUGUCCGUCAUGCAGGGUGCUGUCAAGAACAAGGCUGGCAAGAUCAUUGCUGUCGAUGUCAACGACGGCAAGGAGGUCUGGGCUCGCAAGUUCGGCGCCACCCACUUCGUCAACCCCACCAAGCUGUCCGGAAAGACCAUCCAGGAGCACUUGAUUGAGAUGACCGACGGCGGUUGCGACUACACUUUCGACUGCACUGGUAACGUUGGUGUCAUGCGUGCUGCCCUCGAGGCCUGCCACAAGGGCUGGGGUGAGAGCAUUGUCAUCGGUGUUGCUGCCGCUGGCCAGGAGAUCUCCACUCGCCCCUUCCAAUUGGUUACUGGUCGUGUGUGGAAGGGAUGUGCUUUCGGUGGUAUCAAGGGUCGCAGCCAGCUGCCCGGUCUUGUCGACGAUUACCUCAACGGCGAGCUGAAGGUGGACGAGUUCAUCACUCACCGCGAGCCUCUGGACAACAUUAACACUGCCUUUGAGCAAAUGAAGCAGGGUGACUGCGUCCGCUGCGUCGUUGAUAUGAAAUAA